AUGUCGGGCAAAGACCAGCAAACAUCACAGAAACUUCUCGGUAACUGUCCAGUGGUGGAAGUCUUAGUAGAGGGGCUGGCUGUAACUUGUCUUUUGGACACCGGUUCUAUGGUGACCACCAUCACGGAGGAAUUCUUUGAGGAGUACUUACAGCCCCGCCUUCAGACACCCUUACAACCAUGUAGCUGGCUCACCUUGAGGGGCGCCAAUGGCUUAGAAAUACCUUAUCGUGGUUAUGUUGAACUGGAAGUUCAAAUCUUGGGCAAGGUCCUGCCAAAGAUGGGUAUCUUAGUUGUAACAGCCACUCCCGAUUCGACUGUUCAAGCCCAGAAAAGACUUAUUCCUGGCUUACUCGGCAUGAAUGUCAUAAGUAGCUGUUACCAGGAGUUGUUUGUUCAGCAUGGUCAGGCUCUUUUCCAGUCCUCCAAUGUUCGCUCCGCUGGCAAGGGCUGGGUUCGUGCACUAUCAGAGUAUCAACACUUUGACCGCAUGCUGGAUACCGGCAGGGUGGGGCCGGUUAGAGUUCGAUGUGGCCCAGCGGUUAUGAUUCCAGCAGGGUCCCUGCGUUUUGUGCCAGCAGUCUGCCAUCAAGGUUUAGGUGCUACAUUGUCAUCUGCCCUGCUGGAGCCAUUGUCCCCUGGGGGUAAUCGGUUACCUGCAGACCUGCUCAUCCCUUCUGCUUUCCUUCCAGUAGCCCAUGGGACGGUUAAUGUGCCAGUGGUAAACGUUGGUAGUCAGGAUAAGUGGCUAUGGCCGAAGACCAUGUUGGGCGAGCUCUACAUGGCCCAAACUCAGUCAUCUGGGUGUCCGAUACAAUUCGAUCUUCAAAGCCAGGAUGAGGAACGAGUGGCCUUGAUCCAGUCCAUCGGGGUGGAGAGCACACCCCCGCCUGAUUUCUCCCAACUGUCAUGGCCAGCCCUAUCCCCUUUGGAGAAGCAGGAGGCCCAUGCUUUGCUAGUGAAGUAUCAAGAUGCUUUCAGUCAGGGUGAAACCGAUUUGGGCUGCACCCCCCUAGUGCAACAUACCAUUCCACUAUUGGAUGAUGCCCCUAUUCGUCUACGAUACCGCCGCUUACCUCCCUCUCAGUAUGAGUUAGUGAAGUUGCAUAUCCAGGGCCUAUUAGAACAACAAGUAAUUAGGCAGAGUUGUAGCCCUUACUCUGCCCCGAUCGUGGUAGUCCAAAAAAAGGAUGGGGGUAUUCGCAUGUGUGUAGACUAUCGCCAACUAAAUGCAAAAACACGCAAAGAUGCAUACCCAUUGCCUAGAAUUGAGGAGUCCCUAGAUGCAUUGGCUGGAGCAAAGUGGUUUAGCACAUUAGAUCUUGCGAGUGGAUACAAUCAAGUCCCGAUGGCCGAAAAAGACAAAGACAAGACCGCAUUUUGCACGCCCUUUGGGCUUUUCGAAUUUAAUCGGAUGCCUUUUGGGCUGUGUAAUGCGCCUAGUACGUUUCAACGUCUUAUGGAGAGAAUAUUCGGAGAUAAAAGCUUCCAUUCUUUACUGCUGUACUUGGAUGACAUCGUGGUAUUCUCCACCUCCUUCCAUCAACAUCUGGAACGACUGGAAAUGGUACUUAGCAGGCUUCAACAACAUCGCCUUAAACUUAAGUUAACUAAAUGCCAUUUUUUCCAAUCUGAGGUUAAAUAUCUCGGCCAUGUCAUCUCAGCCCACGGGGUUGCUACAGACCCAGAAAAGAUCUCUGCGGUGUCAGAAUGGAGGAGACCCACGAAUAUUACAGAGCUUCGUUCUUUCCUGGGUUUUGCCUCUUACUACCGGCGAUUUGUGGAGGGGUUUGCGGGAUUGGCAGCUCCAUUACACGCCGUAGUGGGGAAAGUACAAGGGAGCAGAAAGAAACCCGGCUCCAGAGUAUUGGGCCCCUUCAGUCAACACUGGAAUGAGAUGUGCGAGCAGGCAUUCCAGCAACUUAAGACGAGGCUGGUGAGUGCGCCAGUAUUGGGGUUUGCAGAUUUCACCCGGCCAUUUAGACUAGAAAUUGAUGCCAGCCACCAAGGAUUGGGAGCCAUUCUCUCACAAGAGAUAGAUGGGAAGUGUCGGCCUAUAGCUUUUGCCAGUCGGGGUCUGCGGCCAGCGGAACGGAAUAUGUCUAAUUACAGCAGCAUGAAACUGGAAUUUCUAGCCCUGAAAUGGGCAGUAACAGAGAAAUUUAGGGAAUAUCUGUUGGGUACCAAAUUUACAGUUUACACAGAUAAUAAUCCCUUAAGUUAUCUCCAAACUGCAAAACUAGGGGCCAUCGAGCAACGGUGGGUCUCCCAACUGGCAUUGUUUAACUAUGAGAUCCACUAUCGCCCAGGUACGGCGAAUCGUAAUGCAGACGCACUGUCCCGCUUGCCUGUAUCGCCACUCCCGUCUCAGGCCCUAGCCACUUCAGGCAUUGCUAUUCCAGUUGUGGCCAAGCCAGUGAUAUGUACCGAGUCUGCUCUAGUUUCUGCUAUAGAUGCUGCCCCCAUCCGUGCCCGUGCCGACCUGCUGACCUUGCAGACUGCUGACCCCCUGCUUAAGACUCUUGGCUGCUACUGGAAACAAGGGACUCCCCCUACAGGAAGAGAAUUGGCCCAGGUACCUGAAGACAUCCGUAGCCCCAUGAGGAAGCUGGUCCAGCAGUGGUCUCGAUUACAUUCUAUUGAUGGUGUCCUGUAUAGAAAGGUCCACUUGCCUCCACAGAGUGAGUUGGUGUUUCAGUUGCUCUUGCCAAAGUCCCUGCAGGCAGAAGUCCUCACCCUUCUACAUGAUAACCAUGGUCAUCAGGGAAUUGAGCGGACGACAGACCUCAUCCGUCAGCGAUGCUACUGGCCUAAGAUGAGGCACGACAUACAGGCAUGGUGUGCAAAAUGUGACCGCUGCGCACUGGCUAAAGCAGCCCAACCCAAAUUCCGCACUUUCAUGGGCAGCCUUAUGGCAACAAAGCCAUUAGAAAUCCUUGCCAUUGACUUUACACAGCUGGAGAAAGCCAGCAACGGGCAAGAAAACCUCCUUGUAGUUACUGAUGUGUUUUCGAAAUUUGCGCAGGCGUACCCCACUGCUGAUCAGAAGGCCAGUACAGUAGUAAAGACCCUUACAGAGAAAUGGUUUUAUACUUAUGGGGUGCCCCAGCGCAUACACUCUGAUCAGGGCCGUAAUUUUGAGGGAGAGUUGCUUAGGCGGUUAUGUCAGCUUUAUGGAAUUACGAAGACUCGGACCACCCCGUACCAUCCGGCUGGUAACGGACAAUGCGAACGGUUCAACCGAACGCUUCACGAUCUGCUUAGGACGUUACCACCAGACAAAAAAAAGAAAUGGCCCUAUGUCCUCCCAGAGCUUUUGUUCGCUUACAACACUACAAUACACCAAUCAACUCAGCACUCCCCAUACGAACUCAUGUUUGGACAGAAACCACGGUUACCAGUAGACUUUUUGUUGGGAAGGGAGGAUGUGGCGCCAAUCAACGGGGGCAUAGAAGACUGGGUUAGCAGACACCAACAAGAUCUGGCGGCAAUUUACAUCAAUGCCCAGGAUAAGUUGAAAGCUGCAGCUGCCUACCGCAAUCGUCACCACUCUGAGGAUGUCCCCUUACUAUCCCCAGGCACAUUAGUGUACCGGAGAAGCCACCCCCAAGGACGCUGUAAGAUCCAGGAUUGUUGGAACCCGACUGUCUUUGAGGUGGUCGAAUGCCUGGACACUGGGGGCCGGGUCUACAAGAUUAGACCACAGCAAGACCGGGAACCAUGCUAUAACAUCCACCGCUCUGAGCUGAAGCCCAUCCCGGGGAACCCAGCUAUCCCAAUACGUCCAGAGGUGAAGACCAACCGGCCACUGGAGACCCAGGGUGAACAGGACGGAUCCAGUGAGGAUGAAUGCAGUAUAGUAGCAGAAUGGAUGCCAACACUCAUAUAUCCCAUGUCCCAAAUGGAUUCGGAACCCUCACAGGACCACUCUACCAUGAGGCCAGAGGAUGUGAUGGCAGAAGAGCCUUUGUUACCAACUGACUCACUUGGGGCAAACAAACUCCCCCACUUGGCAGCAGAAUCGAGGUCUCCCAGUACUAGCCCAAACCAUUCCCCAAGGCAGGCGGUUACAGGUCCCAGUCUAGGGUUAGAAGUUACAGAGAACAAGUCAUUGCUCAACCUGGCAUUGUGCGUGGGUUUUUCAGUAGCGCGCUUCAUUGUGGUUUUGCCGGUAGCGCACCUCAUCGUUGCAGCCUGUCUUAUGGUGGGGAUCGCUAAUUUCCUGAACCUGAGUUUGCCAGACGACACUUCCUCAGUUACUGCGAGGGUUGCCACCAGCAGAGGGCGUAGCCAUGCCUACAACAGCACCGUCGGAAAACUAGUACCCUCUGAUGCCACAGCCCAGGCAUCAGAAGGGGUCAUGUCGGGCAAAGACCAGCAAACAUCACAGAAACUUCUCGGUAACUGUCCAGUGGUGGAAGUCUUAGUAGAGGGGCUGGCUGUAACUUGUCUUUUGGACACCGGUUCUAUGGUGACCACCAUCACGGAGGAAUUCUUUGAGGAGUACUUACAGCCCCGCCUUCAGACACCCUUACAACCAUGUAGCUGGCUCACCUUGAGGGGCGCCAAUGGCUUAGAAAUACCUUAUCGUGGUUAUGUUGAACUGGAAGUUCAAAUCUUGGGCAAGGUCCUGCCAAAGAUGGGUAUCUUAGUUGUAACAGCCACUCCCGAUUCGACUGUUCAAGCCCAGAAAAGACUUAUUCCUGGCUUACUCGGCAUGAAUGUCAUAAGUAGCUGUUACCAGGAGUUGUUUGUUCAGCAUGGUCAGGCUCUUUUCCAGUCCUCCAAUGUUCGCUCCGCUGGCAAGGGCUGGGUUCGUGCACUAUCAGAGUAUCAACACUUUGACCGCAUGCUGGAUACCGGCAGGGUGGGGCCGGUUAGAGUUCGAUGUGGCCCAGCGGUUAUGAUUCCAGCAGGGUCCCUGCGUUUUGUGCCAGCAGUCUGCCAUCAAGGUUUAGGUGCUACAUUGUCAUCUGCCCUGCUGGAGCCAUUGUCCCCUGGGGGUAAUCGGUUACCUGCAGACCUGCUCAUCCCUUCUGCUUUCCUUCCAGUAGCCCAUGGGACGGUUAAUGUGCCAGUGGUAAACGUUGGUAGUCAGGAUAAGUGGCUAUGGCCGAAGACCAUGUUGGGCGAGCUCUACAUGGCCCAAACUCAGUCAUCUGGGUGUCCGAUACAAUUCGAUCUUCAAAGCCAGGAUGAGGAACGAGUGGCCUUGAUCCAGUCCAUCGGGGUGGAGAGCACACCCCCGCCUGAUUUCUCCCAACUGUCAUGGCCAGCCCUAUCCCCUUUGGAGAAGCAGGAGGCCCAUGCUUUGCUAGUGAAGUAUCAAGAUGCUUUCAGUCAGGGUGAAACCGAUUUGGGCUGCACCCCCCUAGUGCAACAUACCAUUCCACUAUUGGAUGAUGCCCCUAUUCGUCUACGAUACCGCCGCUUACCUCCCUCUCAGUAUGAGUUAGUGAAGUUGCAUAUCCAGGGCCUAUUAGAACAACAAGUAAUUAGGCAGAGUUGUAGCCCUUACUCUGCCCCGAUCGUGGUAGUCCAAAAAAAGGAUGGGGGUAUUCGCAUGUGUGUAGACUAUCGCCAACUAAAUGCAAAAACACGCAAAGAUGCAUACCCAUUGCCUAGAAUUGAGGAGUCCCUAGAUGCAUUGGCUGGAGCAAAGUGGUUUAGCACAUUAGAUCUUGCGAGUGGAUACAAUCAAGUCCCGAUGGCCGAAAAAGACAAAGACAAGACCGCAUUUUGCACGCCCUUUGGGCUUUUCGAAUUUAAUCGGAUGCCUUUUGGGCUGUGUAAUGCGCCUAGUACGUUUCAACGUCUUAUGGAGAGAAUAUUCGGAGAUAAAAGCUUCCAUUCUUUACUGCUGUACUUGGAUGACAUCGUGGUAUUCUCCACCUCCUUCCAUCAACAUCUGGAACGACUGGAAAUGGUACUUAGCAGGCUUCAACAACAUCGCCUUAAACUUAAGUUAACUAAAUGCCAUUUUUUCCAAUCUGAGGUUAAAUAUCUCGGCCAUGUCAUCUCAGCCCACGGGGUUGCUACAGACCCAGAAAAGAUCUCUGCGGUGUCAGAAUGGAGGAGACCCACGAAUAUUACAGAGCUUCGUUCUUUCCUGGGUUUUGCCUCUUACUACCGGCGAUUUGUGGAGGGGUUUGCGGGAUUGGCAGCUCCAUUACACGCCGUAGUGGGGAAAGUACAAGGGAGCAGAAAGAAACCCGGCUCCAGAGUAUUGGGCCCCUUCAGUCAACACUGGAAUGAGAUGUGCGAGCAGGCAUUCCAGCAACUUAAGACGAGGCUGGUGAGUGCGCCAGUAUUGGGGUUUGCAGAUUUCACCCGGCCAUUUAGACUAGAAAUUGAUGCCAGCCACCAAGGAUUGGGAGCCAUUCUCUCACAAGAGAUAGAUGGGAAGUGUCGGCCUAUAGCUUUUGCCAGUCGGGGUCUGCGGCCAGCGGAACGGAAUAUGUCUAAUUACAGCAGCAUGAAACUGGAAUUUCUAGCCCUGAAAUGGGCAGUAACAGAGAAAUUUAGGGAAUAUCUGUUGGGUACCAAAUUUACAGUUUACACAGAUAAUAAUCCCUUAAGUUAUCUCCAAACUGCAAAACUAGGGGCCUCUGAUCAGGGCCGUAAUUUUGAGGGAGAGUUGCUUAGGCGGUUAUGUCAGCUUUAUGGAAUUACGAAGACUCGGACCACCCCGUACCAUCCGGCUGGUAACGGACAAUGCGAACGGUUCAACCGAACGCUUCACGAUCUGCUUAGGACGUUACCACCAGACAAAAAAAAGAAAUGGCCCUAUGUCCUCCCAGAGCUUUUGUUCGCUUACAACACUACAAUACACCAAUCAACUCAGCACUCCCCAUACGAACUCAUGUUUGGACAGAAACCACGGUUACCAGUAGACUUUUUGUUGGGAAGGGAGGAUGUGGCGCCAAUCAACGGGGGCAUAGAAGACUGGGUUAGCAGACACCAACAAGAUCUGGCGGCAAUUUACAUCAAUGCCCAGGAUAAGUUGAAAGCUGCAGCUGCCUACCGCAAUCGUCACCACUCUGAGGAUGUCCCCUUACUAUCCCCAGGCACAUUAGUGUACCGGAGAAGCCACCCCCAAGGACGCUGUAAGAUCCAGGAUUGUUGGAACCCGACUGUCUUUGAGGUGGUCGAAUGCCUGGACACUGGGGGCCGGGUCUACAAGAUUAGACCACAGCAAGACCGGGAACCAUGCUAUAACAUCCACCGCUCUGAGCUGAAGCCCAUCCCGGGGAACCCAGCUAUCCCAAUACGUCCAGAGGUGAAGACCAACCGGCCACUGGAGACCCAGGGUGAACAGGACGGAUCCAGUGAGGAUGAAUGCAGUAUAGUAGCAGAAUGGAUGCCAACACUCAUAUAUCCCAUGUCCCAAAUGGAUUCGGAACCCUCACAGGACCACUCUACCAUGAGGCCAGAGGAUGUGAUGGCAGAAGAGCCUUUGUUACCAACUGACUCACUUGGGGCAAACAAACUCCCCCACUUGGCAGCAGAAUCGAGGUCUCCCAGUACUAGCCCAAACCAUUCCCCAAGGCAGGCGGUUACAGGUCCCAGUCUAGGGUUAGAAGUUACAGAGAACAAGUCAUUGCUCAACCUGGCAUUGUGCGUGGGUUUUUCAGUAGCGCGCUUCAUUGUGGUUUUGCCGGUAGCGCACCUCAUCGUUGCAGCCUGUCUUAUGGUGGGGAUCGCUAAUUUCCUGAACCUGCUCUAUGGUAGCCGCGCUGCUCCCUCUGUUGCGGGCUGA